ACCACACGUUUCACCAUGUUUCGCGGACGGAUAACGUCGAAGAAAUAGCGUAAAUAAAACUUUUUAAAUUUAGAAAAUGUGUUCUAGAACUUUUAGUGUUAUUUUAGUGUUAGUUAGUGUAGUGUAUGGACAGUAUCAGUCGCCGUGUCCUGGAGUGUUUGAGUAUAAAAGCGACGGGACCGGGGUGUAUGGGGUGAUCAAUGUUAGGCCUUCCGGGCCUGUUUCGACGCUUCAACUGCGAGCAAACUUUACUAUAGCUGCUCGACUGCCCUCAAACUACGUAGGCCGCAUAGAACCAGUGGUGCAAAGCCCUACUCUGCUGCAAGAUUACAACCGGGGGAUGCCCCUGGUGUACCGAGUGGACUUCCCCGUGACGUCGCCCCUCCCGCGACCCACACACCUCACUGUCAACGACAAUGUGCUCUGCUACGGGCCUGGCGACCUGGCUGGUCCGAACCAGUACGUGACGAUGACAAGCCUCCAGCACACUUUGUUCCUCAAAGGAGGCGGAGGACCAGGGUUCUUCCAGUACCCCCAGACAGCGCAGAAGCCCCAACCUGACCUGGACCAGGACUUCUUCCAGCAAAACGAUGGGGACACACAGAUCUUCACGUUCGGAGAUGAAGGAAACCGGCAGGGCUCUUGGAAUUCUGUCAGCUACCCCAACCACCCGGAGUUGGAGAGGCCAGCGACCAGGCCUCCACAGACCAGACCGCCUCCACCACCGGAGCCCCAAUAUUUCCCUGAAGUUGUCACACAACCACCACCGCCGCCACCGCGACCUGUCGUUCAAACCCCGCCGCCUCCACCACCCCAACCAGUAUCCUCCAACAUCGACUGCGGCAUCAUAGCAGGAGGCAACGAGCGGCAACCUCUCAUCUACAACGGGCAGACCUAUGCCAGAGGGGACUGGCCCUGGCUGGUCGCCAUCUACAAGAGGAAGGAUGGGAGUCUCUCCUUCAUCUGUUCAGGGACUUUGGUGUCUGAUCGGCAUGUUGUUACUGCUGCUCACUGCAUGCAGCAAAAGAACACAUUCUCCUCAACAAAAGACAUCGUCGUGAAGGUCGGCGUGUACAACCUGGAGGACUGGGGCGAUGACGUCACCGUCACCAGGACAUUGAACUCGGCGACCAUCCACGAGUCAUACAAUGCUACGUCUCUUGCCAAUGACAUCCUAGUGCUGGCUUUCGAGCGCAGUGUGGAGUUCAACACGAACAUCCGACCAGCUUGCCUAUGGACCGGCAGCGCGGACCUCAGCCGCGUCAUCGGCGCAUCCGGAGUGGUAGCAGGCUGGGGCCAGAGCGAGCUGGGGCAAGCGGGAAGGGGCGAGCCCCGCAUGGUGCGAGUGCCCAUUGUCAGCACGUCAUCUUGUCGCGCCAGCAACCCUGACUUCCAUAAACUCACCUCCGAUAACACCAUCUGCGCUGGUGAUCGCAACGGCGCAGGACCAUGUUUGGGCGAUUCGGGCGGAGGCCUGUACCUUCUAGAGGGUGGACGUUGGAGGCUCCGGGGCAUAGUCUCGCUGUCCCUCCGCCCUAAGUCCGGGGACAACUCCUGCAACCUCUCCGAGUACAUCGUGUUUACUGAUUCCGCAAAAUACCAUGGGUGGAUACAAAAUGUUAUGUAUUCCACGUAGAAAAUAGAAAUAUUGUAUUUAUUAUAAAAUAUACUUAUCAACCGAUAAAUUCCUCGAUAAAUUGCAUACUUAUUUAUGUACAUGUGCAGGUGCGGAUCCAGCUUUAUGUAAGGGGGAGUCACCAGGUCACAGACAACAUAGAUAGGUUAGGCUACGGAG